AUGUUACGCGCAGUGAUAUCCACAUUUUGCCUCGUAUUCCCCUUGUAUCUCAUCUACAAACCGCCUCAAUCCCUCAUUCGCUAUUUUCAACGCCGCUGGCCAGAUGUUCUAUUCCACCACCCCACGGCAGAAAACGUCGUCGCGUUCACAAUCGACGACGCGCCAUCCUCACACACAACCGCAAUUCUCAACAUCCUGAACGCCAACAAUGCAACCGCCACAUUCUUCGUGAUUGGAUCACAAGUCUCUGGAAAUACAUCCGUGCUCGGACAGCUAGUUUCCUCUGGCAAUGAAUUAGCCAACCAUGCUAUGCAUGAUGAGCCAUCGCGGGGGUUAAGCAAUGCAGUCCUUGCAGAUCAAAUGCAGAACGUACACGAGCUUAUCCGAGAUGCAUACCGAUCAACUGGUGCAGAAGGUCCAGAGAACUGGUUCUUCCGUCCUGGGUCGGGAUUUUUCUCCUCGCGUAUGCGAGCGCUUGUCUCGAAUAUGGGAUAUCGACUCGUUCUGGGCGACGUUUACCCCCAUGACCCCCAAGUACCCUUUGCUGCAUUGAACGCGAGGCAUAUCUUGAGUAUGGUCAGGCCCGGUAGUAUCAUUGUUUGUCAUGAUCGAAGGGAGUGGACUGUGCCGAUGUUGCAGGUUGUACUUCCUGAACUCCGGCGCCGAGGGUAUCGUGUUGUCACAGUGUCGAAGCUUCUUCAGGAGCCUGGAAUAUAA